UAGCUGACUCUACAACCAAAAUCUGUAUCGAUUUUUGGCUAUUUCUAGAAAAUGAAGAACUCAAAUUUUGUCACUCUCUCUGUCUUUUGUCUCAUAUUUCUGUCUAGGCCAUUUUUCUCUCUCUCAGCCACAGAAAGGUGCAAUCCAAAUGACAAAAAAGUCCUCUUACAAAUCAAACAAGCCCUAAACAACCCUUAUCAAUUGGCCUCGUGGAAUCCCAACACAGAUUGUUGUGAUUGGUAUGUUGUUGAUUGUGACCCCAAUAACAACCGGAUUGUUACAUUCAAUCUCUUCUCCGCCAACAUUUCCGGCCAAAUUCCGACCGCCAUUGGGGACCUCCCUUAUCUCGAAACUUUAGUAUUCCGACAACUUACCAAUGUAACUGGCCGAAUUCCGGCAGCUAUCGCUAAACUUACCAAUCUCAAAUUGCUUAGACUUAGCUAUACGAACCUAACCGGACCGGUCCCUAUAUUCUUAACCCAACUCAAGAACUUAACCUUUCUAGACUUAUCAUUCAAUGACCUAACCGGUUCAGUCCCGGCUGAACUUUCCCUACUCCGAAACCUCAACGCCCUUCACUUAGACCGGAACAGACUCACUGGAACCAUCCCAGAAUCCUUCGGAAAGUUCACCGGAAAAGUACCUGAUCUCUAUCUCUCCCACAACAACCUCACAGGUUCAGUCCCAUUAUCUUUAGGUGACUUGAACUUCACUGUGCUCGAUUUUUCGCGAAAUAAUCUUAUAGGCGACGUCUCAUUCUUGUUUGGCAGAAACAAUACUAUCCAAAUAGUAAAUUUUUCAAGGAACAUGUUCGAGUUCAAUCUGUCGAACGUGCAGUUUCCCGACAGCUUAACAUCACUGGAUUUGAAUCACAAUAUGAUUAGUGGGAGUCUGCCACAGGAUUUGACAAAAUUGAAUUUGCAGUUCUUGAAUGUUAGUUAUAACAGGUUAUGUGGUCAGAUUCCUACUGGUGGGAAAUUGCAAAGCUUUGAUAUUAGUUCUUAUCUCCACAACAAAUGCCUGUGUGGAGCUCCGUUACCUGCCUGCAACUGAAUGAUUUCUACAACUAGGAUGCUAUGUAAUAAAAUUCUUCGUUAUUGCAGUGUGAAUGAUAAGAAUAAUAUUAUACGAGGCCACUUGUUUGAAAUCCUCAAUCAACUUUUAUACUCAAUAAGGUAGUUAGCAGAAUACGCGUUGUCAUUUUUUCACAAGUUGUUGGCUAUAGAAUGAUAUGUCCGAAGAAGAAAAUAUUGUCCCAUA